UUUUUCUUCUGCACUUUCCCUUUCUCACCGUGCCUUCAUUGUCGAUCUCCAUUGUUUGCUUCUUCUCCGCUAAAAAUCGUCGACUCACAGACUGGUCAUGUCUCCAUUCAAAAAGGCUGCUGUGAAAGGAGGUUCUUCCAAAGGGAAGGAACCCGUAAUUGAUGUUGAUGACGACACACCUCUCCCGAAAGUGCCUCGCUCUUCAUCACAGCGAUUCGAUCCCAAUAAGUUCAGAUCCUAUUCCGCAUAUCAGUCAUAUGAGAACUUCUUUCUUCAUGCCACACCACUACUAGAGAGAGCAGUGGAUUUGCCUUCACUUCAUAACACUGACAUCCCGAUAUGUUUUGCUCACAAGGAUUGGAAUUACCUUCUCUCGGAUCCGGAUAUCGUGUAUGACGAGUUGGUUAAAGAAUUUUAUGCUAAUGCAAUUGUGGAGGGAGAUGAACUUAAGUGCUGGGUUCGGCAAAAGAGCUUUUCUGUCUCUCCUACAUACCUGGCAGACAUUCUUCACAUUAAUAGACCAAUUUUUCGUCAUUCACCGGUCUAUGACGAUCUAUGUCCUGAUGAGGAGCUUCUAAGACAAAGUCUUGGUCAAGACUUGGAAUUCUCGCCAAAUGGAAAAUCCAUCAGUGUCUCCUCCCUUUCUCCGAAACUGCGAGUGCUUACAAUUGUGAUGUUUCACAAUCUGUACCCUUUGUCCAGUACUGGGUAUAUGAAUCUCGGACGAGCUUUGUUUCUUCAUGAUCUGGUUUCUGAUGAAGAAAUUGACAUUUGUGCUCACAUCUUUCAUGUUCUGCGCAAAACCGUACUUCGCAGUGAGUCUCGGAUCUGCAUUCCUUUCUGCAGUCUCAUUUCACGGAUCUUGAAGCUCAAGGGGAUCUAUCCAUCGACUGAUGAGUCUCCUAUCCCCAAACCGAGUCCGAUCAACAUGCGUACAUACAAUGCAAGUGUUGGACAUAGUCGGAAGAGAGCCAAACCAGAAACUUCUGCAUCUCACAGUGACUCUCAGUUCAGCAAUCUCUCCCUCGAUGAGAAACUUGAUCGCAUUGUUUCCUCUGUCCACGAGGUGAAUACAAAGAUGUCUGGACUCACUGCUUCUCUACACCAUCAAAGCAACCGAUGGGACAUGAAGUUUACUUCUCUUCAGACUCAGUUGGAUCAGAUUCAGAGGAAACUAGAAGAGGAUGACUAGCCUAUUCCAUGACAAAAAGGGGGAGUGAUAGGCAUAAUCAGAGGGGGAGGAUAUUACCCUAAGGGGGAGUGUCACUAUCUAAGGGGGAGUGUCUUUAUUUUUUGUUUCCUUCUUCUCUUUAAGUUGAUACACUAUGUUGUGUAAAACUGUUAUUCAGGUUCUUGUUGUAUUUGUACCCAUAUGCUUUUGUAAGCUUUGAGGGUUUAUGUUUUAUGCAUAGCUUUGUAGGCCUUGUGGUAUGUACCAUGCUUAAGUGCAGCCUUUAUGCUAUGUGAAAUCAGUAUUUUAAAUCCAAAUGUUCUGCAUUGUGGUUUAUGUACUGUCACUCUUGUGCCCUUGUAGGAUUGUUCCUAGAUGCAUAUGCCCUGUGUGCUAUGCAUUGGUUGAGUGUUGUACAUACAAGUGUCUUGCCUUGUGCUUGUUAACUUGUAUGUCCUUGUGUUCAUUCCAAGUGUGAAUGAACACUGUGAUCACUACCUUGUGGUGUUCACCUGGUUGAUCAAGCCAUGGUUUGUUUAUUAACUUCAUCUUAUGCUUGAUCUCAUAUUGCCUGUUUCAUAUGCAUUUAUAAUUUUCUGCUUACAAUGAUCAUGGUGUAUUGUUGUGUUUCAGGAGUUUUUGUUCAUAUGAUUCAAGUGCUUCACAGCUUCUAGAAUUAGGUGUGAGUGAGUUUUGAUCAACUGUUCCCAACUCACAUGUUAAGUCUAGAGUCUGUUUUAGGGUUUUGUCACGGAAUAGCCAAAGGGGGAGAUUGUAAGGUUGAAUUUAUUCAACCAUCUAAUUGGCUUUAUUCCGUGCCAAAUUUGCUUGUAAUUCAGCAUUUAGUAACCCUGUAUUUAGGUGGGAUUGUUGUAAGGGUAGUGAGUGAGAUAGUGUGAAGAUUGCUCAAGAGUGUGCAAGAAAACAGAGUGUCGCGGCUGGGACUCGCGACUGGUCUCGCGGCUUCAACCCGCCAGAAGAUGCACACGUGCCAAGCAUGCUGGAAGAUGAACAGUCAUGCUAGCUGGAGCACUACAGGACAAAACAGGACAACUGGCCAUACGGUUAACUCGCGACUGGAACUCGCGACUUAGUCAAGCCGCGAGGUCAAGCCGCGAGCCACCCCUGUUUUGGAAAAAACCUGACGUUUCGCAUUCCACUCCUCUCCAGUAUAAAUACCCUUUUAACCCACGUUUGAAAGAGAGCUUCCAGAGAGAAUUUUGAGAGAGAAACCCUAAAGAAAAACCAGAUUGUUUCACCCACAAUCUCUACCUUAGAGUCUCAUCAAAAUCCCUCACUCUCUUCCUCUCCAUUGUCAAAUCCUUGAGAGGCCAUUAUACCAAACCUGGUUCUCACCAUUAUCAUCUCUGUGAGACAGACGUUUGGAGUUCUGGGAAGCAGUUAGGAAGGAGCCAAUAUUCAUUGGUUGAUGCUACGGUGUAGUAGCGGAAUCCGGAAAGCUAGAAAAGAAAAAGGUUCGGCGCAACCUCGUUGGAGCAAGAAGCUUGGAGGGCUUAGGUGCAUUGGGUAGAUUAGGCUUGGAGGGUCUAUUGCUGUCCUUGUAUCCCAACUAUAUUUUCUAGUGGAUUGAUUACCGCUUGGAGGGCGGCGGAGAGGUUUUUCGCCGAGGUCUUCGGUUUCCUCUUCGAUAACAUAUCUGGUGUUAUCGCUGUGUUUGCAUCUUCCUUCCUCUCUAUCUCUGCCUUUACAUUAUCUGCUGUGGUUUAUUUUGUUGUGGCUUAGAUAGUUGUUUAAUCAAUACCAUGUUAUAGCAUAUGUUAAGUUUCCGCACACUAUUGUUUAACAUAUUGCGUGUGUUGAUUAAAUUGGUUUUUGGGGGUCUAAACGUUCAAAAGUGUUUUUGUACACGUUUUUGAA